AUGAUGGAGAAUCUAUUUGGUGAUGAAGUUGAAGUACCUUUAUUAGUUCAAUUAUGUACUCAAAGAAUUAAAGAUUCAUUAGAGACUUGCAAAGAUUUAGGUAAAAUACCAGAUGAACUCCUUAUACCAAUCCUUGAUAAAUGUACUGCUCAACAAUUAGCAACUGUUGAAAGUAGAAUUGGUAGAUAUGUUGAUACAGAGGAAUUGUGGAAAAGACACUGUCAUAUAAUAUCACCAGAGAAAAGACAUACAUUAAAGGAUGACGAAAGUUGGAGAGAUUUAUUUACAAUUUUAGAGAGAGAAUAUCAAAAUAAAACCAAGAAAACUGGUGAAGCAUUAAGAAAGAUUUAUAAUAAUGCUGCAAAUAAUAAGAAAUCAAAACAAAUUAAAGUUUUAAACGAUGUUGUGACUCCAACCGCUUCAAAGAGAUGGAGUGGCACAGUUAGUAAAACUCCAUCCUAUAAACAAAGCGGUAGUUCUUCACCUGGCAAAUAUAGUAAUGGUAGUCCAAUAAGUAGAAGUGAAUCAAGCAGCAGUGGUAGCGGUGGUGGUGGUAGUGGUAGUUAUGGUAAUGUUUUUAAACCCUCUGCUUCAAAUCAACCAAAAUUAAUGGCAAAAGUUUUAAAAGAACAUAAUAGGAAAUUUAAAUAA